GCUCGUUUAUUGAAAUUCAGGUGGAAAGUCUCGGUUCCGCGGCUCGCCUCCUGGCAACGGGCACACGCGGAGUCCUCCUCCCGGGGACAUCUCACUCCGGUAUCCGUUCUUCCCUGCCUCUCUCCCCGAAGGCUGGCUAGCUUAAAAAAAAAAAAAAAAAAAAAAAAAAAACCCGCGUCGUGUCUGGUGUGGCAGACAGGGAGCAUCCUUUCGACCGUAAAUGCCGAUUUCUGCCCCGGCGCAGCAGCAGCGGAUUACACAGGAUGUUUUCGGCGUGGCGUAAAAGCCGCGGAGAAAUAUUGGUUUUUACCCCAUUAUACCGGAGGACCGCCCGUGCUUCGUGAAAAUGAAAAAAGGAUACAAUGCAGCAUGCAUGUUCUGCAUUCUUCGGGAGAACCGCACCGCUGGUGUGAAUGACUUGUGGCUGUAAGGUGUCGUGAGUGGCCCAGGUUCCUGCGCAGCCUCAGUGGCUGACUGCUGGGAGGAGUCAAGUGGAGAGCAGACAUCAGUGCCCAGGGGACCCGAGGCCUGGUUCUCCAUAUGAGGCCCUGCUGAAAGGGCAGGGGGGCUUCUGAGUGUGCCCGAGGGCCGUUGAAAGCCCCCUUGGGGGAGUUUCAUAAAAACACACCGAGCAAAGAAAAGACUUCUGGACUAUCGGGACGUCGCUACACACUUCCUCACUCAUACACACACACUCACGCACGCACGCACACAUUCUCACACACGUGCACAAACCACCCACACAGACCCGGACAUAGAGAGAAUGUUGGAGGUCCAAGAGGAGAGGCCAGCGGCGGCAGGUACAGCAGCGACACACUUCAACAAGAAGGAGCGAGGGAAGAAAGAGCGCGAGGAGGCCAAGGACGGCCGGGGAAACCUCUCCAGCAUCGGGAACCCCGUCCCCGGCUCCAGGAACGUGCGCGCCAAAGCGCCGCUCGCACACGCCGGCAGCCCCCACCAGCUCAUCACUCCACCCUGUUCUGUAGUCCUGGGAGCCCCUUCAAUGCACUCUAAUAGGCUAAAGAACUCCCCGUCCACCAACACGCAGAGCCCUAAACCUAAGACGGAGGCCAUGGUACGCUCACCUCCCGUCAUGUCCCCCUCCACCGCCACCCAGAUAGACUCUAAAAUGCCCAAUCAGGGUAAACCCGGGAGCACUGGCAGCCAAUCACAGGCCUCGCCCUGCGACCCCAAGACCCUGGGUUCCAAAGGGGCUCCGAAUGUGACCGGCGGCAUGGGGCUGAAGAAUGGCCAGGGCCUGACCUCUGGCCCGAGCUCCAAGGUCAAAGUCAAAAGGGAGAGAAGCACCUCGGUAGAGUCGUUUGAACAGCCAGAGAGUGGCACGCCCACUAGUGACGAAAAAGACAGCAGCAGGGUGAAGAGGAUGUGCGUGGCAGAGAGGAGGCAGCCGUACAGUGGAGCUGACUGGUGCUCCGGGGGAGAAAGUGACGAAGACGACAAAGGAUUCUUCAACUGUAACUCCAGUGACGUGAAGCCCCAGGACUCCGUCACACAUUCUACCUCCAAUGCCGGACUCAGUCGUUCUUCCACACCUUCCCACAAUGCACUGGGAGGCCAGGGUUCGACGACGGAACCUCAGAGUGGACAGAAACCAGGAACAAAAUUUGUUUAUGUCUUCACCACGGAGAUGGCUAACAAGGCGGCUGAUUCGGUUCUAACUGGCCAUACAGAAAACAUAAUUGCCUUCCACAUGAAGAACAUCUCCAACAGCAAGGACAAAGCUCACCUCCUCCUGAACAAUGCAGCAAACGCCCUUCGAAAUGACUCCAAGCCCCCCCAGCAGCCCCCGUCCCACGCUCAAGAUCAGAGCCACCAGCCCGGAUCCAAACCGUCCUUACCUGGCAUGGGCGAGCCGACCACGCCCCAGCCUUCAAACCAAGGGAACCAAUCUGGAGUUCUUCCGCAGGAAGGUUCAUCCUCUGCAGGCAUGGAAUCCAAAAAUCUUCCCGGCAGUAGCCCCAGUAACGCCGCUGCCCCCGUUGACCAGGCCCCCAUCGCCCAACCCGAGGCGGGCCUCAACCCUCAAACCGCAGUCGAGGGAGGGCAGGGUGGAGGCUCUGGUGGAGCGGGUCUGACACCCCAGCAGCAGCAGCAGCAGCAGCAGCUGGCCCAGGAGCUGCUGAACAUGGAGGCCAACACAGAGGGCCUGUCACAAGAACAGUUGGAGCACCGCCAGCGCUCCCUACAGACCUUGCGAGAUAUUCAGCGCAUGCUUUUCCCGGACGAUCGGGAUGCUCCGCCAGCUGGGCCCCCACAGCCCCAUGGCGGGCCCCACGAUGGAGGCCCCGAUGGUGCGCCCCGAAGGUCCGAGCAGGGCCCCUUACAGGCCAUGAUGGCGCAGUCUCAGAGCCUCGGACCGCCCGGCGGGCCAGGGGGACCCCGCCCACAAGGGCCACCCUUUGGCCCGCCUCAUGGCCCGCCCCAUGGUCCCAGGGACAUGCCCCCAUUUCCGCAAGAUGAGAUGGGGGCGCACAUGGGGGGUCCAGGGGGCUGCGGAGAGGGAGAUCAGAUGACGCCAGAGCAGGUGGCUUGGUUGAAGCUACAGCAGGAGUUUUAUGAGGAGAAGAGGAAGAAGCAAGAAAUGCAGCACCGGCCCCUUCCUCCAGACAUGAUGAUGCACCCCCAUGGUCCCCGGGGCAUAAUGCGAGGCCCCCCGCCUCCUUACCAAAUGGGUCCGGGAGAGAUGUGGGGAGGACCGGGUGGUCCUCCAGAACACUACCAGGAGCGCAUGGGCAUGGGCCCCGGCCCGGUCCCUGGCCCCCGGGGAAUGCCCCCACAUAUGCAGAGAAUGCCCGGUUUCUCUGGUAUGAUGAAUCCUGAGAUGGAGGGACCCCCGAGGCCUGGAAUGGGCUGGCCCGACGACAUGCCUCCCCGUAUGGGAGAUGCACGAGGCUUCCCUGGAGGACCUGGGGCAAUGUUUGGUGGUCCAGGGGGUCGUGGCGAGCGUUUUCCAAAUCCUCAGUCAGUCCAAGAAGCAAUGUUCCACCAAGGUAUGGGCGGGGAGAAGGGCAUCCCUCCAGGGAUGAUGAUGGACAUGCAAAGGAUGAUGGGGCACCAAAGAGGUGGAAUGGAACCUGGUAAUGGCAUGGGGAUGUUUCCCAGAAUGCCCAUUGAUGGUCCAAUGAGUCCGUCUUCUAGACUCCAGGGGAUGGGGGGAAGGGAAAUGGGACCCGAGUUUGGCAUGGGGCCCGGCCCCGGGCCAGGUCCUCACAUGCACCCCGCGAAGCUCCGAGAUCCCUCCAUGAAUAUGAGUCCCGAGGAGAUCAUGAGAAUGAGAGGCGGAGGCCCUCCAAUGGAGAACAUGGGUCCGCAAGGCCGGCCCAUGCAGGGCCCUCCCUUCCCUGACCAGUCACAGCAGGGAGACUUUCCUAUGGGGCCUGGGCGGCCCUUCCCAGGGGGCCCUGGAGGAAUGCGGGGUCCGCAUGUAGAUCAAGCUUUUGGUCCGGAGCACAGAUCCACACCAACAGGAGGCAAUGGCCGUAUGAACCACCUCCCUCCUGGCGGUGGCCCUUCACAAGGUCAGAGGGGCCGCAAGCCAGCAGAUCUGAAUGUCCAAGCGGGAGGGGGAAACUCUCCCAGUAUCAACCCACUCAAGUCCCCCCCCCUGAGGCAAGUGCAGUCCCCCAUGAUGGGCUCUCCAUCCGGAAACCUUAAAUCCCCUCAGACGCCGUCCCAGCUGGCUGGCAUGCUCACUGGUCCCACAGGGCCCGGUGCCCCUCCGCCAUCUUCAGCACCAAUGAAAUCCCCCCACUCCAUGAUGGGCUCAGCUGGUGCCUCUCCUGUUCAUAUGAGGUCUCCUUCUCUUCCAAACCCCUCUCCAGGAUGGGCAUCCUCACCAAAGCCACCCAUGCAGAGCCCUGGAGUACCACCUCAGGGUGGCAAACCUCCCCUCAGCAUCACCUCACCAAACAUGAUGGGUGGCAUGGAGCAAGGUGGUAACGGCCCCCCUUCAGCCCCACCUUCAGGAGGGCCCCCAUCUGGCCCCAUGUCCCUCCCAGGCAAUGUUCAGUCUGGCAGCCCGUACGCCAUUCCCCCGGAGCCGACUCUAUCCCAGAACCCUCUCUCCAUCAUGAUGUCACGCAUGUCCAAGUUCGCCAUGCCCAGCUCCACCCCACUCUACCAUGAUGCCAUAAAGACUGUUGCCAGCUCUGACGACGACUCGCCCCCAGCUCGCUCCCCUAACCUGCCUUCAGUGAACAACAAUGGUAUGGUAAUGAACCACCAAGGUAAUCCACGUAUGAUGGGACCUGGAAAUGCUGGACCCAUGUCUGCCCUCAGCCCUCUGGGCAUGAAUCCCAUGGCGUCCCAGCCCCUCUCCCACGGCAUGCCCCCACAGAUGCCCUCCCCGAAUGCCCCCAAUAUGGGCCCAGGCAUGAUGCCUCAUGGCAUGAUGAUACCACAAAAUCCCCAAGACCCCGGUAUGGGAAACCCCCAAAUGAUGCCCCAGGGACGCAUGGGUUAUCCUCACCGAGGCCAGCCGUACCCUCUGACCCAGUCGCCUUCCCAGCAGGGCCCUUUCUCCCCGCACAACGGCCCCGGGCCCCAAGGCUUCCCUGGCCAUCCCAUGGGCUUCCAGGGAGAAGGGGGCCCCAUGGGAGGACGGAUGGGGAACAUGCCUCACGGCGGCGGGGUCGAUGGGGGCAUGUGCAAGCCCAAUAACUCUGGGGGGCCCGAGUUCAACAGCAUGCAAGGUGGAUUCAGCGACGCGGACCUUCAUGAGGUGAUGCGGCCGGGAGCGUCCGGUAUUCCCGAGUUCGACCUGUCCAGGAUAAUCCCAUCAGAGAAGCCCAGCCAGACUCUGUCUUACUUCCCCCGAGGUGGGGGAGACAACCCCGGAGGGAAACCACCACACCCCGGAGGCUUCCCCAUGCAGGGCAUGAUGGGAGACGGUCCACCGAGGAUGGGCAUGUCGAUGCAGGGGAUGGGGGGGAUGCCAGGGGGGCCCGGCGGGGGAAUGGGCCCCCAAGACAUGCCAAUGGGCAACCCCGGCCACAACUCAAUGCGGCCCCCGGGAUUCAUGGGCCAAGGCAUGAUGGGCCCCCAGCACCGGAUGAUGGGUCCUGGGGGUCCAGGAGUGAUGAUGCAGGGGAGACAAAUGGCCCACCCGGGCCCUGGCGGCUCACCUAACAUGAUGAUGUCGCUGCAGGGCAUGGGCGUCCCCCCACAGCAGACGAUGAUGAUGGGGGGUCAGAUGAGGCCACGCGACAUGGACAUGGGGUUCAGUCCGGGCCCCGGAAUGUUUUAAUCCUCCAGAAACCUUGUACGUAGAAUGUUCUUGGACUAUACACAAGGAUGGAGUUAAGGCGACUGGCGUGUGGAUAGUGCUCAGAAAUAACUGAUGAACUCGAGUAAAGGAAGUAUAACACACGAGAGCGAGGACGUGCGCAGAAGAACGAACCUAAUGGAGCUACGCAGUCACUAAGUAAUGUCCUGUGGGACUCGGACAGGCCCACACCGGAGUACUUUUUCCACAAGAACAUUGAAUUUUGGCUCAUGAACUUCAGAAUGUAUGGGAUUGUCGUGCAUCGGUUUUCGCAAAAAAAAACUGUUCGUGGUUUUUGAUUAUCUGACUAUAAAGAUGACUUUCAACAUCAAAGAGGAAUAAACCUAACUCAAAGUCAGCGUGGAGAUGCUACAGUAUAUGUCUACUUUUUUGAAAUAAAAAAAAAAAAAACUAAUUUGUCAUGAAAUGGUAUGGAACAAGAGAAAGGAAUAAGAAUUUGUGCUUUGUGAAGACUUUAGUGGAACUCCAUCCUGUCUCUCGCUCCAUUGUUUUGACUGUUUCUGUACAGUAUAUACGUGAGAGUGCGUGUGUGUGCUUGACAGACUGUGUGUUUGUGUGGUAUGUAUGUGUCCGUAUGUAUAGGCAUUCUAUCAGUGACCUCUCAACUCCUCUUACCCGACUUUCAUUGGGGGAGGAAUGCCCCCUAAAAAUACUGUACUGUUUACCAUUGGUGGGCUAUUCGAAUUUUAGUCUAUUUUAAUUUCCUUUGUAACUCCAGUGUAUAACAAACCAAACUAUGACCUCAUUAAGAUAAUAGUAUUAUUAAAAAAGCACAAACAUGGAACGUCUGCAGAAAGCGUCUUCUUUCUCUAUUUUUCACCAUUGAGAGCAACACAAUUAGUGUGAGCGUCUUGGCAGCUUUGCGGCACAAUGAUCCCCCCCCCCCCCCCCCAACCCCCCCAGCCCCCAUUUAAGAGUUGUGGAUGACGUUGGACUUGAUGCACCAAGAAUUUCAGGACUCAACUUGUGCCAACGUGAAUAAUACUUGCUAACGGGUCUGUUCUUCUUGUUCCUGUUUUGCUCGCGUUGACUCUGGGUCAUAAUCAUUCCCACAGCAAUAACCUCCCCAGUGGUCAGCAGAAUGGGACUGAAGCGUCUGAAGUACUACAGGUGUUCUAGGACUAGUUGACCCAACUUGUAGAAAGGGAGGUGAGGAAAUGUAAAGCGCGUACUGCUAACCAUCCAGCUGACUUCUUUUCUCUCUUGUAUAUGCUUCUCAUGUGUUUCUCAUUGGCUUUGGUGCAGAAAAGCCUACCAGGGCUGUGGUGAUGGACUACAAAUAAAAGAUAUUGUUUUGGUA